AUGCCGCUGAAACCGCCGGAGAGCUAUGAGCUCGACCGUUCCGAUUCACCAUUGAUUGAGCGCAAAUCCCUCUCAGACGAUGACGACAACCUGAGCGAUAUCGAUGAGUUUGAUCCUCUGAAGAGCAGCGGCAGGAGAAGAUACACAGACGACGCGUCUCAGCCAUUACGGAGUGUCUUCGACUCGGAUAAGGACAUAAGCUUUGCGGACCGACCACUUGCUUGGUUGGGAGAAAGAAGACGACGAGGUCUGGCCGCUUGGCUAGUACCAAGCAAGUUUUGUUGCGGACUGGCGCUACUCUUUGUCGCGACGCUGGUGCUGCUGCUAAGCGCUGGAGGCAUCUGGGUUUACAAGACGGCAGGUGUUCCUGAAGAUGGAGAGUCAGAUGCUUGGUAUCCCUCACCUUUGGGAGGAUCGCUGGACACAUGGAAAGAGAGCUACCGAAAAGCUGCAGACUUGGUGAAUCAGAUGACACUGGUAGAAAAAGUAAACAUCACCACUGGAACAGGUUGGCAGAUGGGCCCAUGUGUGGGCAACACCGGACCAGUGGACCGACUAGACUUUCCCAGUCUGUGCUUGCAAGACGGACCUUUGGGUAUGCGAUUUGUGGACAACGGCACUGCGUGGCCAGCUGGUGUCACGGUAGGCGCGACCUGGAACAAGGACUUGAUGUACCGGCGCGGCAAGGCACAUGGAUUUGAGGCCAAACGUAAAGGCAUCAAUGUUCUCCUUGGACCUUCAAUGGGAGCUCUUGGACGGCUACCUGCGGGCGGACGCAACUGGGAGGGAUUCGGACCAGAUCCGGUCCUGCAGGGCAUUGCUUCAGCGCAGACGAUCAAAGGCAUUCAAGAAAAUGGAGUCAUGGCCACGGCCAAGCAUUUGGUUGGCAACGAGCAAGAGCACUUCCGGCAAGCAUGGGAAUGGGGAACUCCUAACGCAAUAUCUUCCAACAUCGAUGACCGUACUCUGCACGAGAUCUACGCUUGGCCAUUCGCAGACUCUGUGCGAGCGGGCGUGGCAAGCGUGAUGUGUUCAUACAAUCAGCUAAACAACUCGUAUGCUUGUCAGAACAGCAAGCUCCUCAAUGGCAUCCUCAAGGAUGAAAUGGGCUUCCAAGGUUUCGUCCAAAGCGAUUGGCUGGCCCAACGAUCGGGCGUCGCGAGUGCUUUAGCAGGCCUGGACAUGACUAUGCCUGGUGAUGGCCUGGGUUGGCAGGAUGGCAAGACAUUAUGGGGCAGUGAGCUCACAAAAGCUGCUCUGAAUGGCUCAGUGCCAAUGGAACGCUUGAACGACGCUGUUCUUCGCAUCGUAGCUGCGUGGUAUCAACUAGGACAAGAUGACAACAGUUCUUGGCCGAGAAAGACGCUCAGCAGCUCUGCGACGUUUAGCAGCUGGACCGAGGAAGAGGAAUACAAGCUCCAUCCCGGCUCGCCCGGCAGUGAGGAGACUGGCAAGGUCAACGAGUACGUUCCCGUUCGGCAGACCGAAGAAGGCGGCGAUCACGACGACCUGGCGCGAAAGAUCGCAGCCGAAGGCAUUGUCAUGGUGAAGAAUGACAAUAAUGUCUUGCCAAUUACACCUGACGGCUCUGGUAUUCAAUCCUCUCGCGCUGGCAGGAAGUUUGGCGACAAAUUCAAGAUUGGCAUUUUUGGCGAAGACGCUUUCGCUAAUCCGCGCGGCCCCAAUGCCUGUGCUGAUCGUGGUUGCAACGAAUAUACUCUGGGCAGUGGGUGGGGUUCUGGCGCGGCGGAUUUCCCACAUCUCAUCGCGCCGUUCGAUGCUCUGAAUUCGACCUUCAACCAUUCUGCUGUUGAGAUCACUGCGCAUAAGAGGCAGGCGGCAAAGCCUGCUGGUGUUCUUGCUGUGAGCCAAGACUUGUGCAUUGUCUUUGCGAACUCAGAUGCUGGUGAAGGCUUCCUCAGCUGGGGUCCUGUGAAGGGUGAUCGGCCUGACCUGAAGACGCAGAAGCAGGGUGACACGUUAAUCGCGGAAGUUGCGAAGAAGUGUGGAAACCAAUAUCAAUCUCGCGGCCUUGGCGCCAACACCAUUGUCGUCCUUCAUACAGUAGGGCCUGUCAUAAUGGAGCACUGGAUUGAUCUUCCGGGCGUGAAGACAGUAUUGGUUGCUCACCUUCCUGGGCAAGAGUCCGGCAACGCGCUCGCCGACGUCAUCUUUGGCAGGGUCAACCCCUCUGGUCGUCUGCCAUACACCAUUGCCAAAGAGAAAGAAGACUACGGUCCAACGAGCAAGAUUCUUACUAUACCCAAUCAUGUUGUGCCGCAGCAGAACUUUACUGAAGGGCUCUACAUCGACUACCGCUAUUUCGAUAAGCAUAACAUCACACCGCGAUACGAAUUCGGCCAUGGCCUGUCCUACACCGAGUUUCAUCUGUCGUCCUUGCUAGUCAAGAACUUGGGUGGCAAAGGGAUGAGAGAUGUUCCCGACUCGAGACCUACCGGUAUUGAGCCUCCAUCUCUGGACACUGAGAUUCCCGAUGCAUCCGAGGCUGUGUGGCCACCUGGAUUUCGAAAGCUGAAGAAAUACAUCUACCCAUACAUCGAUUCGGCCUCUGACGGAAAGCCGCAGAGACAGCCGCAGUUUCCAUACGACCCAGAGAAACCGCACUCGCUCUCACCUGCUGGUGGCGGCGAGGGCGGAAACCCGGAUCUCUUCACGCCAGUGAUCUCCGUCAAAGCUUCCCUCACAAACAUGGGAAAUGUGACUGGACAGUGCGUGGUUCAGAUGUACGUCUCGUACCCCGAGCAUGUCAAGAACGCGGAUGGGGAUGUCGUUGAUAUGCCUGUCCGAGUCCUGCGAGGAUUUGAGAAGAUCAAAGCUGGUACUUCGAACCAGGAACAGAGGAAAGAAGUGUCGUUUGAGUUGACGAGACGAGACCUCAGCUACUGGGACGUCAAGCGCCAGAACUGGGUCAUGCCCAAGGGAGACUUCACUGUUGCGCUUGGUUUCAGCUCCCGAAAAUUGGUGCAGAAGGUCAAGUUUAACCCGUAUGGUUUGGGGCUUUAG